CUCCGCCCCUGGCGCCCAUCGGGCCGCGCGGCGCUGUCGUGGCGCUUGGCGAGUGAGGGAUCCGCGUGGGCCCCGAGCACCGGCCGCCCCCCCCCCCCGCCCCCGCGGCCGCAGCCGCAGCCGCAGCGAUGAGGCGCGCGGGGCUGGGCGAUGGAGCACCUGCUGGUAACUAUGGCUACACCAAUAGUGGAUACAGUGUUUAUGAAGAAGAAAAUGAAAGGUUAACAGAAAGUCUGCGUACAAAAGUCAGUGCCAUUAAAUCACUUUCCAUUGAAAUUGGAACAGAAGUUAAAAACCAAAACAAAAUGUUAUCAGAAAUGGAUAAUGAUUUUGACUCCACGGGUGGACUUUUAGGUGCAACCAUGGGCAGACUGAGAACACUCUCCAGAGGAAGCCAGACCAAACUGUUAUGCUACAUGAUGCUCUUUUCAUUGUUUGUUUUUUUUGUAAUAUACUGGAUUAUUAAACUGAGGUGAUGCAUGUUACCUUUGGUUUAAAUAGUGUAAUUUCAACUAUAAAGCAGUCUUAAUUAAUGAAGACAUAAUCUAAAGUGGCAUAUUCUGUUGAUAAAACACAGUGAAAUUGUUGUAAAUUGCAUUAACUAUUAAUGCAAUGUUAUAUAUAGAUUUCUGCAAGUAUCAGGAUCUUUGCCAUCAUCCCAUUUUGGGAACAUUAUUUGUAAAUAUGCAGAAACUGCUAGCAUAGUAGGUUACUUUUUUAGCGGAAAAUAGUUUCUAGAUUUGAUUUUAAAAAAUACAGAAAACAGUGGUUGUUUGGAUAUGAAGUAACUGCAGAAUUAAAAGGCUUUCUCUUUCAUUCUGCUUUUCAUUCUGGGCCAUGCUCUAAAUUAGAGCUCCAGUUUCAAGCGUAUAGUAAUUCCUUGGUUGCAGAAGCACAAGGAAUACUUUGCUCUUACUAAAUUGGUUUUAUCUGUGGAUUUUGUAAAAAGGCUGGCCUGAAGCUAACAAAUCUAAUAGUGGUACCCUCCAAAAUUAUUUUUUUGUGGAUAGAUCUAAUAGUGUACGUAUUCAAGUAGCUUAAACUGUGUGUUUUGGGGAGAAUUUGCUUAAAAACUGCCUUUUUUUUUUUUUAUUUUAAAUGUGACAAAUUUGUGCUUACACAUCUACUCUUCUAUGCAAAUUUUUUUGCUCAUUGGGACCAACCAAUAUGGACAAAGUAAAAAUGUUCUCUUUACAGUGUCUAAAACUUAAUGAUUCCAUUGAAUCACUAAAAUGUCUACCAUUAGUAUGUUUACUUUUCAGUCUGUGAUAAUCCCUAAAUCUGUAUUGCAUGAUGUCUGAAAUAUGAGGUUAUAGAUUUUGAAUUUUAUAUUGAAGUAGAUUAUGAUGCACCUUUUGGAGGUGCUGUUAUAUUAAGGCUCUUUACUUUGAAGACUUGGCUUUUACUCACUAGAUAGUUUCCCAGUAGUUGAAGCUAUUACAUUACUGAGUUUAACAUUCAAAAAAUAGAGUUUCCUAGAUAUUGAAAUUAUAUCUACAGUUUUUAAAAAAUUUUUCUAGAAAUACUGUAUAACAUUUGCCAUUAAUAAUUACAAACUGACAAAGUGUCUUGUAGUAUUUUUACAUACAUUAUUUUCUACUGUGGAACACCAAUGUAUAUUUUGGAAAUGGUGCUGCAUUUAAGGGGCUAUACUUUUGUGGAGAGCACUAUUAAAAUAAGAAAUGGAGGUGUAUGCUACAUUUCUUUCAUAUUAAAUUUCAUAUAUAAUGGAAGUAUGACAUACAAAUCACUUACCUGAUCCAAAACACAACAUUUCUAGCCCAUUUAGUUUGUGAUUAUUAAAAGCUUUGCAGUGCUUCUAUGAAUAACAGAACAUCUAAGCAGUAACACCAGGAUAAUGCAUCAUCUUUAUAUGAGAACUGCUAGGCUUGUUUAACAAAUAUUGCAUUCCCAAAGCGAGUAAAUAGGAUAUAGUUUGCCAUCCGGAAUUGAUGCACUUGUACAAUUUUAAUGAGACGGUGGAGUGCCAGGCAUCUAACAAGUGAGAUGAUAAUUACUGACAUAUCUGUUUGACAGCCACGCUCCCCUGAUAGUUGAUCAUCUCCUAGAAGUCUAUUUCUGGCUGGUGCCUGAACAAUCUAUGUAUUUAUUUGCUUUUUUAAAAAAUCAAUCUUGCCAUGCCAAUAAGUGGAAAAAGUUUUUAACUACCUAAUAUAAAUGGGUGGAUGCAGCUAGUUUUAUAGCCAAUACAGUUCGUGUCUUUGUUCUGAAGAAUGUGCUAGGGUGUCCCCUAAGUCCUGACAGAGCACAUACUGGUAAAAAUCUUUUACCAGUCCUUCAUAUCACUUAUAAAACCAACAGAUUUUAAUUUUAAAUGUCAAACCAGAUUAAAAGGUAAUUCAUGCAGAAUAGGAAAUAGGUCUUCUGCUGCUUCCCUCCCCUCCUCCGUUCUUCAGUGGUGUUAAGAAGUGAAAAGAAAAAGAAAUCUUAAGCCUAUGUCUCCUUUAUGUUUCCUCAUUUAAGGAGGCUUGUCAGUUUUUGGGUUUUUUUUGUCUAGAUAGGGUGGGAAAUUGAGAGAAAGUUUAAGCACAAGGAAUAUAUG